UACGGGACUUUCCCGGCCAAAACGGGAUACUUGACAGGUGCGAUAUUUGAGGAGAAUGCCGUGCGGGACGAUGAGGUUUUCCAGCUGGCCGUGUCUGACCUGAGUCUCAGCGAUGACGUCCUGCAGAGCGAGAAGAUCACUCACUCUAUCAAACUCAUCGAGCCCAACAACCCGUUCCAGGCGGUGCAGGAAGCGUGCGAGCUGAUGAACCAGGGCAUUCUGGCGUUGGUUACCUCGACGGGCUGCGCGUCGGCCAGUGCGCUGCAGUCCCUGACGGACGCCAUGCACAUCCCUCACCUGUACAUCCAGAGGAACAGCGAGGGCUCACCGCGCACCGCCUGCCAUUUGAACCCGAGCCCCGGUGGGCAGCGCUACACCCUGUCCGCCCGGCCGCCCGUCCGCCUCAACGACGUCAUGCUGACUCUGGUGGAGGAGCUGCGCUGGCAGAAGUUCAUCAUCUUCUACGACAUCGAGUACGACAUCCGCGGGCUGCAGGGCUUCCUGGACCAGACGUCCCGGCAGGGCGUGGACGUGGCCUUGCAGCGAGUGGACAGGAACAUCAGUAAAGUCUUCACCAACCUGUUCACCACCAUGAGGACGGAGGAGCUGAACCGCUACAGAGACACGCUACGCAGAGCCAUCCUGCUGCUCAGCCCCCACGGCGCUCACACCUUCAUCCAGCAGGCGGUGGAGACAAACCUGGCCUCCAAAGACAGUCACUGGGUGUUUGUGAAUGAGGAAAUCAGCGACACAGAGAUCCUGGAGCUUACCCACAGUGCACUGGGGCGCAUGACGGUGAUCCGGCAGAUCUUCCCCCUGUGGCGGGACAGCAGCACGCGCUGUAUGAGACACAACCACCGGAUCUCGUCUCUGCUGUGCGACCCCCAGGAAGGAUACCUGCAGAACCUGGAGGUGUCUAACCUCUACCUGUACGACAGCGUGCUGAUGCUGGCCAACGCCUUCUACAGGAAGCUGGAGGACAGGAAGUGGCACAGCAUGGCGAGCCUCAACUGCAUCAGGAAGUCCACCAAGCCGUGGAACGGAGGCUGGUCCAUGCUAGAGACCAUCCAGAAGAAUAGCCUCCCAGAGCUGCUGUUUGGAUGCAAACUGCCCCCCACCCUCAUAGAUAUUUUGCUUAAGGAUGCUCCAAAGGUUCCCAAAAGGGUUGAGGUCAGGGGAGGAUGUGGGAGGGGCCACACCAUGACUUUGCCUCCUGUUAUGCCCAUAGCAGCCUAUGACACAGAGGUAUUCUUUGCAGCAUGA